AUGUCAGUUUCCGGAUUGGUAACAAAUGCAGCAGCAGUAGUCCAGAAUGAUAGCAUUUAUGCAUUUGCUACUCCUGCGACUGUGGAUGUUGGUUCCAUACAACGUGAGCUGCAAAACAUUCUACCGUAUUACUCUCUACCUACUAGAAUAUUUGCGAUGGACCGCUUACCACUUAGUCCGAAUCUAAAAAUCAACAGAAAAGUUCUCCGGGACCUGAUUGUAUCGAAUGGACACCAAUUAAGUGGAGAAAGGGCUAGCACUAUAAUGGAAAAGUUGAUCGAGAGGAUUUGGAAAGAAAUUCUCAAUCUGAGCGAUUUCGUUGAGAUUGGGGCAGAUGACGAUUUUUCAAUGCUUGGCGGCAAUUCUUUAAUGCAAAUCAAAGCAUUACAGAAGCUGUCAGAUAUAUUGGCCUGCAAUAUACCAUUACAGCUUCUGAUCUGUAACACGACACUCUCAAGUCUGGCUGCGACGCUUGAGCAGUAUUGCACACAUGAUCGGAGGCGCGCAUUUCGAGAUACACAGCCUCCAGGCCAAUUUACCAUCUUCUUCGAGCUUCAAUAUAGUGUGCAAACUUGCGCUGCGGGGAAUCUGGACCUCACGCUUCUCGCUAAAGCUGUAAAUACUCUCAUCUCCACUAAUUACAUGUUGAGAACUCGAUAUCAAACUAUCAAUGGCAAUUUACAACAAUUUGUUUCCGAGGAUAUACUCCCAACCAAGAUUUUGAAGUCGGCCAAUGAAUUGUCCAUUGAAAACUUAAUCAAUGCGCCUUUCGGCUUGUCUAACGAUCAACUCAUUCGAUCAGUCGUAGCGGAGGAAUGCGAUCAGACCAUUCUGAUAAUCGUAUCACAUCAUAUUAUCGCAGACAAAAGAUCUAUAAAUAUCAUGUUGACCCAGAUAUCUCGGGAUUACAUCGAUAUGAAAUACCGACAGCCUCGAUCAGAUCUGGGCAAGUCAGAUCCAUCGUAUAACUCUUGGAUCAGCUGGUUCUCCCAAAGCCCUCCGAUGCUGUCAAAUAGCCAAACGAAACAAUUCUGGGAGGAAUUUCUACAACCACUCCCGCAGCUAUUUCCACGUUGGCAAUUUUCAUCUGGUAUCGCCACUGGGGCGUCGCAGUAUCUGGACAUGAGUGAGAGGCAUUCGCCGCAUAACGUAUCCGGCAAUUAUCUCGCCGCAUGUGCAGUUGCCAUUCCAAAGCUGUUUUGUGUAGAUAACGUCGUUCUCGGUAUCCCAUACAGCAAUCGAAUGGAAGCAGAGACGCAUAAUAUCUUGGGGACCUUCCUAGAUCGCGUUCCAAUUAAGAUCGAUUGCAGCAGCACAAACAUUCAUAAUAUUAGGAGCUUCGUUGACUCUGUCCAUACUAGUUAUAAAUCUGCGUUAGCUCAUGUUGUGCCUUACUGCGAACUUGUCUCUCUAAUGGAUGCAGAGAACUUAUUCGAUGUCAUGGUCAUAUUUCACAAGAAGGAAGAUUCGCAUGAAAGCAAUCUUGUCAUACCUGAGAUCGAAGCUUCCAAUGUGAUUAAAAAGUCAGAUGGAGUACAGUUUCCUUUGAUGAUAGAGUUCUUCGAAGAGAGUAUGAGAAUGGUGUGUUUGAUAAGUUAUGCCAUAGAUAUGGUCACUUCCGCAGAGAUCACUGCUCUUUCUGGUAUUUUGCUAGAGACGUUGGAAUCUUUGGUUGGAAGGGAAAUUUCCUGA